AUGAGGGCCUUCACGUAUCUGCCGUUGCUCGGCAGUCUGCUCUUCGCCGCCGUCAACUCCGAAGACACGUCAGACAUAUCUCGCAGAAAUGAAAAGUUGCAACAAUUCUACAACCAUCAGGCUAAAGACGGUACUUGUGUCAAGUACUUCGACCCAAAAGUCCCGAACGACGGUUUGACGCCUUGCAGGACAUAUUGCAAGGCGAAGGGGCAGCCAGAGGAGAAGGUCGGUUGUCAUUCUGGUCCUACCCCCACAGGCAAAGGACCGUGGUACACAGACACCGACGGCUACGAGUGGUACCCGGGCAAAUGCUUCUGCGCCGAGGAGAUCGACCCAAUUGCCGAGGCGUUCGCCAUCCCCAUCAUUGAGAGCCUGGCAAAGCUCGACAACGUCAUAUGCGGCGUCUUUCUCCAGGCCGUCGUUGAGAGCAUCAACAUCGGAUUCGCCCUCGUUCCCGGUGCUGGCCAAGCCGCCACGGCGGCGCGGUUGGCGACGAAAGCGGCUGUUGAGGGCGCCAAGUCGUUCGCGGAGAACUCGAUGAACCCGACCGACUUCUUCGACGGGUGGAUCAAGAAGGGCUGUGGCAUCGACAAGAUCGAGCUUGACUACGACGGAACCUUCAACUCGCUAGUAAACGCACCCGACUCGGUCGGAACUAGCACCGGGUGCAAACGUAAGAAGAAGGGCGACUGCAAAAAGCUUGACCGGAAACCGGACCCGACAACGAAGAAGGAAGAUACUCCGGCGACUACUAAGAAGGAAGAUGCCCCGAAGACUACGAAGAAAGAAGGCGCCCCGAUCACGACGAGUAAUGCCGGCCCGACCACGACCGCUGGGUCAGACAGAGGCCUUUCGAAUAGCGAUAAGUCGCAGGCCACAUUGUCCAGUACCAGUAGUGUGAGCCCCAGCGAGACUCCGGUCACCUGUCAGUCGUGCCGCUCGUCGAAGGUAAAAAACGCAGCGCGGGACGCCAGAUGGGGCUCCAUGUUUGUGCCGCGCGCGGCCGGCGACUCUUGCAUCCUAGACAGCUCUAAAGGCGAGGACAGCUGCGCCGCCUCAGGCCUCGAUACCCGGGAUGGACUCUUGUCGGAGAGGUCCUUGACUAAGGAUGACCCGAAGUUAACGCUUGCCGGGAAAACGUUCUGGAUCGACUGUGGGAGGCACAAGCCGUGCGCGGAUGCGAGGAAAGACAGCAAUAUUGACAAGUACUACUACAUCGAGGGCGAUUCCAAGUGCGGCGGAGAUCUGAAGAUCGGGGGGACUAGAGAUGUCGCGGGCUUGGAAUUCCAGAGUAUGGUCUCUCUCACGUCUUUUCGUUUGUUGGUGAACGGAGUAUAG